UACGUAUUUUGCUGGCGUUUUCAUAUUAAUACUUUGCCUCUGUAGAAUAUCAUGCGAUAUCUUUUCUUCCGUUGCAAGACUGGAAGACACUCUGGAGCUCGCUAGGUCAACAAUCAUUAACGACAUGCUCUUUCCAGCAAUCAACCAGGAAGAUGAUUUGAUUAAACAAGCAAGUGAAAUCGUUUCCAGCUUGGAACAAGCCGCGGAUUUAGUGACAGAUAAUAUCAACUCUGGAUAUCUUGCCACUACACUACUGAGAUAUUUCAAUUUAAUGAUGAACCGAGAAAGUGAAAUGUCAAUGGACACUGUACAAGAAACAUCUGCAUGGGACUUAUCAGAUUUCGAAAGUUUCCUCCAAGCAAUGCCUAAUGAAACCGACGCAGUUGGCGCAGCAUUAGGCAUCCUACGACUACAUGUGAUGUAUGGCCUUUCUUCAUCGGACAUUCUGCACGGAGAUAUCAAAGGCCAUAUGAGCAGAUCCCUUACAUUUGAUGAGACCCUGUACCUUGUAAGACACAUACGACACCGUAGCAUCGCUACGAUGGGUAUAAACGUUUACAACCUUACGUGGAACUGGAUCACAUCAGUCAUGCACGAGGAGUUUGAUAUAGACGAACAGAAAAGACAAGCACUUCUUCAAAGGGCUUUAGGAUUUCUCAAAAGCCUCCCUUCAAACUACGGUGUAGGCGGACAAUAUGACGUGCAUGUUGACUUCGUGUUCGCAGAGGCAUCCUCCGACAAAGAUUUCGACCCAGACAUGUUUGAUCAACGUCUGGUUUCAGUUGUUACAUAUCUGAAUGACGUUGAAGACGGUGGUGCCACAGUAUUUCCGGAACUUGGAAUCAAAGUGAACCCAAGAAAGGGAACAGCCGUCAUGUUUUACAGUCUGUUCAGAAACGGAACCGUGACAAAACUGAUAAUGAGGUUGAAGUAA